GACGUUUCUUUAUUCUUCUUCUUGCUUCUUCUUCUUCUUGAUCGUGUUCGGAAAUCAUAUUCAUUGCUUUUUAUCUCCUAUCUCUCUCUCUCCCUCUCUGUCUCUCUCUCUCUCUCUCAAAAUUUGGAUUCUUUAUAACAUGUGAGAUCUCUCUGAUCGAUCAGAGACAAGUAGAAGCAAAGAAUAUUAUAGAAUAUGAUGAAAAUGAAAACAGGGACGACACCGUCCGUCAGUGGCGGCGGCGGCGGCGGCGGAAGUAGCGGCAAUGAGUGGGAGUCCCGACCUGGAGGAAUGAUUGUACAAAGGCGGACGGAUCAGAGCUCCGAUGUGCCACGUGUCAUUCGUGUCCGUGUCAAAUACGGAUCAAUUUACCUCGAGAUCAACAUCAAUUCCCAAUCUACGUUUGGAGAGCUGAAGAAGCUAUUGUCUGAUCAGACCAGACUUCACCACGAAGACAUGAAGAUUUUGUACAAAGACAAAGAGAGAGAUUCGAAGAUGUUUCUAGAUCUUUGUGGAGUUAAAGAUCGGUCAAAGCUUGUUCUUAAAGAAGAUCCAAUUUCUCAGGAGAAACGUCUCCUCGAGAAAAGGAAAAACGCCGCCAUUGAAAAAGCUUCUAAAUCAAUCUCCGAGAUUAGUCUCGAAGUCGACAGGCUUGCCGGACAGGUGUCGGCGUUCGAGACAGUGAUUAACAAAGGAGGAAAAGUUGAAGAGAAGAGUUUGGUGAAUCUGAUUGAGAUGUUGAUGAAUCAAUUGUUGAGACUCGAUGCGAUAACUGCUGAUGGAGAUGUGAAAUUGAAGAGGAAGAUGCAGGUGAAAAGAGUUCAAAAGUACGUUGAGGCACUCGACGGCUUGAAGGUCAAAAACUCUACCAAAAAAGUCGAAAUUAACAAAUCGGUCCGCCACAAACCGCAAACGCAAACGCAAUAUCAGCAACGCGAUUUGUUGUCGUUUGUGGAGGAAGAGGAGGAGGAGCCGAGGAAUUCUGGCGCCUCCUCAUCAGGUACUCCGGCGAUUGUAACUAAUAAUUGGGAGACGAUGUUUGAUUCCACAUCGACGGCAAAGGCGGUCGAACCGGUUAAACCGGUCCCUCCAAGAUUCAAGUGGGAAUUCUUCGAUUAAGCCAGUUACAUACACGAUAAAAAUAUCUUUUUUUUUUCUCCGAUUUCAUAAGUGGUUUUUAUUGUUGAGGGUGUAUGAUUUGUGAUUAAUCUUGGCAAUUUUUUUUUUUUUGGCGGUUUGUUAAGAAUAUUUUUGUUGGUCUCCCCUUUAAGUCAAUUCACAAAUAACAGGGGAGUUUCAACAUAUAGCGUUUCAUCAUCAUCAUCCUAUCAUUGUACAACCUAAAGAUUUGAAAUUUCUUUACUAUUACCGUAAAAGUUACCAAAAA